AUGACGACCAAAUCGGAGAGACGAUGCAAACAUGCUCCCAACAAGCUGGCCACUGCCACUCCGGCCAAACAUGCAGAACCACCAGACUUUGGCAACUUCUUCAUCGAAAAGAUGCAGACACAACUGGAUAGCGACCCCAACGGGCAAGUUAAUCCCGCGGAGCUUACAGAAUCCUUCCGAGAGCAACUUGGAUCUACUCUCCUUGAGCAACGAGUUGCGACUUUCGCACAUCAGCCUUCAACGGCUGGCAGGCUCAAAAUUGGCGACCUGUUGUUUCUGUGGCAACACAUUCCUGCGCGUGGCAUCUCAAUGAGGGGGUCACGCGUGAAAAGGGCCGGGACUGUUCUUGAAGCUUUCUGUGAGGCGUGGAAAGCCAUUACUCCCGUCAUAGAGGACCUAGGAAAAUUCGAGGACCUCAAGAACAUGGCCAUGAUUGCCAUCACCCUGAAUAAAAUACAUCAGGGACCCGGGUACUUUGAUCAAUUUCUACACUGGCGAUGGACCGACCGCUUCUUUCCAUUCGACAGGAGCAAGCUGGGUACAGUCUUCUAUGGAUCGACGGAUGCAUUACGAGUCGAGAAUCUUUUCUUCAACAAACAGUACCAGAUAAAGUGGAAGGAGUGGCCCGAGGGUGCUCAUGCCACCUUUGAAGAAUCCGAGCCCUUGCCAUUCACGUAUGACAGCUCCGAAAGAAGUGAGGGAUCCUACAGUAUUGUCGACAGGGUGCGUGAUCUGUCAUGCUACCCAUCGAUACCGCAAGUUUAUGCCAGAAAAUGUUCGAAAGGAGGCAGUGCAUCACGCAAACACAUAGAGGAUGAGGUGAAGACGCUGAAGAGGCUGAGACACCAUCAUAUUGUGCGAUAUGUCAAGUCUUACGAGAGAGGCGAAGACGAAUUCGCGUUUCUGGCAACCCCAGCAGCGCGUCAGACCCUCCUCGGACUGCUCGAACAAUAUCGCUGUACAGCUAACGACUGCGCAAAUCUCAAGCCGAUAUUACUAAGGGCAUUUGGUUGCAUCAGUCUCGGAGUGGAUUAUCUGCAUAACGCCAUGGCUAUCAGACAUCGCGACAUUAAACCUGAGAACAUUCUCUAUCACGACGGCAGCUAUUUUAUCGCGGACUUUGGACUUGCUUACCACUUCCACCACCAAAUCGGCAGUGGGACGUAUCGUCGCUUUAGAGCCACCUACAACUAUCGAGCUCCUGAGAACGGCAGCGCGACCGAACCCCACGGGCGGGCCUCAGACGUCUUUUCUCUGGGCUGCACGUUCUUGGAGAUAUUGAGUACCAUGAUCAAGUCCGAGACAGGCGAGAUACGAGAGCUGCGAAUCUAUGCAGAACAUCUUGAUGAUGUCCGCAGAUGGGUUAAAAAUGCGUCCUCGGAAGAUAGGGGAAGGAAGGAACCGCUGAGGAGCCUCUUGAAGCUCGCCAACGACAUGGUCGUUGAAGAGGCGGAGAAGAGACCUAACGUCAGAAGAGUCAUCGCCGAACUUCAGGAUAUUAGCAGCAAAUCCAAAAGCUCAUUAUUCUGUGACGAGUGCAGAACGCAAUUGACAGCAAACCUCACCCUGGAACAUCGGGCCCGUUGGAAGCGCUGGAUACGGGGACUUCGCCCACAAUUUGGCAGAAAUGAACACUAG